AUGUCAUCUUCUACGACUCCCCAGAUCCUACUCACCGGGGCUACUGGGUUUAUCGGAGGUACUAUCCUAAACCACUUCCUCAACUCGAAGUCUCCGGCCCUUAGCGGCGCCAAUAUUUCCGUCCUUCUACGAGGUGCGGACCGUGCUGCUAAGCUUACAUCCACCUACGGCUCCCGCGUGAAGCCAAUCCUAUACAAAGACAUUGAUGACCUCGAUGGCACGAUCGCUGCUGCUGCGCAGCACGAUAUCGUAAUUAACACCACCCUUGGCUUCCACCCCGCUUCUAUCCAGGCGGUGGUCCGCGGCCUUGCUCAGCGCAAGGCGGCGACAGGGCGUGAUGUAUGGUUGAUUCAUACAUCAGGCACUUCGAACUUCUGCGACACUCCGAUUACGAAAAAGUGGUUGGAGCCGGAGGGUCGUGAAUUCGACGAUGUUAAGGAUGAUAUCUACGGGUACGAGAAGGACCGUGAGGUGAAAGAGGGUCCGUACCACCAACGCACCGCAGAGAUAGGCGCCGUAGAUCUGGCUUUAGAACUAGGCGUGAAGUCGAUAGUUAUCAACAGCGGAACUAUAUAUGGUCGCGGAACCGGUCUAUUCAAUAAGAGAAGCAUUCAGGUUGUCCUAUUCGUCCGCGCUGUUCUGCAACUCAAGAAGGGUAUCAUUUUAGGAGACGGCAAGGGCGUGUGGGAUCACGUACACGUCGAAGAUCUAGCGGACCUCUACUUAAUCGUCCUAGAACGCAUAAUAGCGAAGGGCGGCGAGGGCGUGCCUUCGGGAAAGAAGGGUAUCAUAUUCAGCGGCAACGGCCGACACCAGUGGCUGGACGUGGCGCAGGGGGUAGCUGAUGCGGCCUUCGCGGAGGGUCAAAUCCCAAGCAACAAGUUGGAGAACCUUACUCUCACGGAGGCAACUAAGUAUAUGAUGGGUGGCGAUGUUCCAGAAGAGUUUGUCGAGAAAGCCGUCGUGAGCAACUCACGGACUGUGGCGUCUGUAGCUAAGAGCUUGGGUUGGAAGCCAACGAGGGGAGAGGAAGCGUGGAAGCAGGGGUUCGUUGAGGAGGUUAAGGCUGAGCUGGAAAAGGGUAAAUAG